AAGUGGUGUAGACCUCUAAACUGACCACAGCUAGUAACUGGGCAUACACCAACUGACCACUUACAAUGGACAAGUUCUAUAUCAUCGGGGCUUGUGUGCUGGCUAUCGGAUCUGUGUGCAUUCAACUGUCAAAUGGCGCCACUACCUCGUUUCCCCCAGUAACGACUGGAUCUCAAACAGAAGUUACAGAUGGCGCCACUACCUCGUCCCACCCAGUAACGACUGGAUCUCAAACACAUGCUACAGAUGGUGCCACUACCUCGUCACCCCCAGUAACGACUGGAUCUCAAACACAGGCUACAGAUGGCGCCACUAUCUCGUCUCCCUCAGUAACGACUGGAUCUCAAACACAGGUUACAGAUGGCGCCACUAUAACUUCCGGUAUUACCGUAUCAACGCCACCUAGCGUCACUGAUGUUAUAACUGACGUCCUUAAUAACGCCACCUGUCCACGGUUUACUAGCCGUCUGGAGAACGACACACUGUAUGUGUCAUACGUGGAGGGUCGCUGUGAAAUGGUUGUGACCGUAGACAAAAUAUCACUGCCUCCGUUAAAAUUGGUUUCGCUAUUGAGACGUCGGAACAGGGUGAUUAGAAGGCCAGCUGUAAGCUUCAGACCUGUAGUCAUGGAAGAGAACGGUGAGCCAGUCACGUGUGAGUCUCUACCUACCCGGUCAUUGGGACCCUUCGUCUUUGUGGAUUCCGUGAUGGAUGUCUGUCAGGUGCUACUGAAAAUACAGAAACAGAAAAACGAAGCUUUUACGCCACGAGUACCGGGACAGAAUAGACCAGGAAAACAGGAAGGAAAGCGACCAAGAGAACCAAGGUUCACGUUUCUCCCUGCAUUGGAAUACCUGGAUGAAGUGAUAUAUUAAGGGAAAUGACAGUGAAUGAAAUCCUCUAUUUUCAAGUGAUCUACAAAAUGUAUUUAACUUUUGUCUGGGGACAAACUUUGUUGUAAAAAAUGUAAAUAAUUGUGUUGGUUUAAUCGGUUGUUGUUAUUUCCUGUUACGUAAUAUUUUAUGAGAAAAAUAAAUAUAAACAUUAAACAAUCAA